UUUAACAGCGCGCCAAGAUAGACCUUUCGUUUUUUUUUAAGUAUUUCAGCAAGGAUCCAAGUUUCUGUGACGAUAGUUUGUGACUAAAAAGUUCUUGUAUCUAAAUAGUAACAUAUUGUUAGUGCCCGUGCUUCUACGUGUCGAGAAAGUUCGCUAAUACAAUAUGGAGAUUGAGAGCGCUAAUUGUAAGCACCGUGUGUCCGAAUGUACGGACUUAGAACAACUCUCAGUUGAACGACCUUUGAAAGUUGGAAGAGAGAUCGAUGGAUUAGAAAAUCUAGUCUCCGAGUUACACAGAGUGUUCUCGCAAGACCAUGUCAAUAUACAGGAGGUUCAGAAAUUGAUGUCUGGUUAUAAGUCGAAUCCGAAACAUUGGAGGAAGUAUUCAAAGUUUGAUCGUUUUCGUUACACUCGUAAUCUAGUGGAUGCUGGGAAUGGAGCCUUCAAUAUAAUGAUACUGUGCUGGGGGCCAGGCCACGCGUCCGCCAUACACGACCAUGCGGACUCCCAUUGUUUUAUGAAAUUGCUCAGCGGUAAUUUAGAAGAAGUAAGAUACGAUUGGCCGAAAAACAUCGAACCGGAAGUUAUCAAAAGGAUAAAGAAGAGACAAUCAAGACGUUGCUGCUCCGAAAGUGAUGAUAUAAAUGAAAAAUUAACACAAUUAGAUAUAACCUGUGACGAGACAUGUCCGAAUUACCGCCAAAGUGAUUGUCAAGAUAAACAAAAUGGCGAUUUAGAAAAUGGCGACUAUGAUCCUAAAAGUAUGGAGGAAAUCGGUCGAACUCGUUUAGAAGUUGACGAUGUGUGUUACAUAAAUGAUGCCCUCGGCCUCCACAGAAUGGAGAACCCAUCUCACGUGGAUGGUGCUGUUUCUCUGCACCUGUACUGCCCUCCCUUCGACAGUUGUCGUGUUUUCGAUUCCCGUACAGGAAAAGCAACAAACGUCAAAGUUACUUUCUGGUCGAUGUAUGGGAAGAAAAUUCGAAGGGUCAUCGAAGCAAAUCCCGUUGACAGCCAAGAAUGAAUGAACCAUUCACAAUUAUUUUAUUUGCAAUAGAAUUAUCUACAAAAUGGGAAAUUAAUUAAUAAAAAAAAAAAAAAAAUUUGUCGUCAUGUACGUGUAACGCUUCCACUGUAAGGAGUCAGUUUGUCAUAUUUAAAAUAUAAAGUAAUAAAUUUUCAUACAUUUCAUCUUUUUACUAUUUAACUGUAAUGACUAAAUCAAUAGGACGUUGGUUUCUUAGAGAGCAUUUUUCACAUCAUCAGAUAUUAAUUAGCGUCUAUUAAUUUUAAAUAUCAAAGAAUUGUUAUUAGCAAACAAUAUUAUCUUCUACUUGUCAUUCAAAAUAUAGGGCAGGUCAUUUAUAUAAAUAAGGAAGAGAAAUGAACCAAGAAUAGAUCCUUGUGGGACCCCGUAUUUAAAUCAGAAAAUGAUGUGUGACUUUGAUUAUAAGUACUAGUUAAGUUAACCGUUAGUCGUUUUUACCAUAUUUCACGAGUGAGAAAUGAAGUGAGCUCUUACAUUGCUAUUUAUAUAGCAUAUAGGAAAGCGGUUUCAAUAUAGAUUAAGUAGAUUAAGAUUUAAAUGAGUUGUAAAAUAAUUCCGUAUGUGUGAAAAAUUUGACUACAAAAGUAGUAUAUUUAUAACAUUAAAAAAAUAUUAUUUUAUAAAAUGUUUUUUUAACUUUUUCAAAAUAGAAUCCUUAUAUAAGUAUAUAAAUGUGUUAACUAAUCUAUCUGAGCUAAUAUUAUAAUGCUAAAGACUUUGAUUGUUUAAUUCGAUCACACUAGACUGUCGCCCAUUUACUGAGAAAGGAUAUGGACUAUAUAUCACCUACGACCCACGGGUCCGGGGAACGCUUAACGCAGGUGACGUAAUAUGCAUCGACUUUUUUAAUUAAGUUGUCUAUAAAUGUGUUCAUAUAUUAUUAUUAUAUAUUAAAAAUAUAU